CAUACGGCACCCAUGAAGGAAGAUUGCGGCAGGCCCACCUUGAAGUCCUUUGCAGCUGGUAUCUCUGGGAUCAGCUUGCUUGGCAGAGGCAGUGUUGAGGGAAGAUACCUUGGCAAAAAGACAGGUUCUGGACGACAGCUGAGACCAGCUGAGCCCCCAGGAGAUGCUGAUGCCGAUGCUGAUGCAGAUGCUGAUGCAGAAGAUGAAGAUUCUGUUAAUGAAGUGGCAGUAGAAGACAUUCGUCCAAGGCCACAAGGAUCCUCUCCAGUUUAUGAGUAUCCCAUAGAAGAAGACUAUUUAAAGCUUCAAGAAGAAAACAAAAAACAUUCUACAGACAAAUCAAAACAGAGUCAUCCACAGGAGACAAUGGAAGUGACCCUGAAAACAGAAGCGGAAGCUGGUGCUAGUGGUUUUAGUGUGAAAGGUGGAGGAAAUGAAGGAAUAUUUAUUAAAAAAGUACUUAAGGAAUCUCCUGCUUCAAAAAUAUUUAGUCUUAGAGAAGGUGAUCAGCUUCUAAGUGCUACAAUAUUUUUCGAUAAUAUCAAAUAUGAAGAUGCACUCAAGAUUCUCCAGUAUUCCGAGCCAUACAGAGUCCAAUUCAGCCUCAAAAGAAAAAUUGCCGUGCAAGAAGAUCUAGAAGAUCCUACAGCCCAGCACAAAAAGGAAAGAAUACGUGAGGAAAAAGAACUCAGUGAGAGCAUUCCUGAAGAAACACUGCAUGUUUCAGGAAAAGCCAUUUCAGAAGAAGACAGGGAAACAUUAAUUGUAAGCCAAAGGGUAGGAAGAAGUAAGAGACCUAAAAAAGAUCGAUUAUCAUGGCCAAAAUUUCAAUCAAUCAAAAAUAAAAAGAUAUUGAGGCACAGAAGAUCUCAUAGUACAUCAGAUGCAUAUGAGCCUGCUACACAGGAUAUUUCCCCUACAAGCACAGACACAGAGUCUCAAUUUCCACAAGAAGUCCAUACCAAAGAGAAAAAAGGAAGCCAAAGGAAGCUGAAGUUCCCUAGCAUUGGAUUCAGAAUGCACAGGUCCAAAACAGAACAACAAGAGAAGCAAAAAAAAGAAAUAAAAACUACACUGAUCUCUGGAAGAGAAAAAAUACAUAAAGAUGAUAUAAGCCUGGAAAAUCCUGAAAUCUUAACUGUUGAAUAUACCACAUCUCCUGUUUAUGAAAUAAAAACAGGGGAGGUACAUGAAACAUUAACAAAAGAGUUAAAAGAUAUGAAAAACGGCAUUCCAUCUCAUGUAAAACAAUACCCUGAAGUUGAAAUAAGCAUUAAAAAAGAAAAAGACAAAGAAGCAACAUCAAAAUUUAGUGUACCUGAAGUACCAGACAUAACAACAGAGAUACCAAAGCCCAGUUUAGAAAUAGCUGAUCUGAAAGUAAGCCCAACUAAAAAAUCACCACAAGCCUCAUCAAAAUCCCGAAAAAAGAAACAGAAAGGAUCAGCAGAUAAAAAAGAUGGAGAAAGUGGAAUUAACAUAGAUGCGAUGGGUCACACAGCUAAAGGAUCUGUACAGGUAAAAGGCCUAGAAAUAGGCACUGCUAAAGCAGAAUUACAGACAUCUGACACACUGGAAACAGGAGAAAAACAAGCAGAAGACGACACACAAAAACUAAAUAUUCAGAAAAUAAAUUUUGGAAUUUCCAUGCCCAAAAGAAAAGAGACAGAGACUGACACCACCAAAAAGGGAAGUGAUGUUCCACAGUCAGUACCAGAAAAAAGAGCUGAUAUGACUUCAGAGGACAGCAGGAAUUUCGAUGUGAAAACUCAUAUGCCAGAUGCAGAAUCAGAAGUAUCUACUUGGAAAAUACAAAUGCCAUCAUUCAAAAUGGCCAAAACACCUAAAACUGACAUGAAAAUAACAAGAGAAGGAAGCAGAGAGGACACAGAAGAUAGAGUAAAAAAAGAACAGGUGGAGGAAGAUGGCAUGCCCACAAAUGACAAGGCCUUAAACAUAGAAAUUGGAAUGAAGACAGGAGAAAAAGAUACAGAGGGGAAAGAAAGCAAAUUCAGAUUGCCAAAGUUAAAAUUCCCUACAUUUACCUGGUCGACUACCAAGGAAGAAACAGACCAAACUGAAGGACAGAUAACUGAAAGGGAAGGAAAAGAGCAAAUAUUAGAAAAAACAGGAGGACUUGAGGUAUGUGGACCAACAGGAGAAAUUAAGGUUCCAAGUGCUGAAACGGAAAUAGAGAUAUCCAAAGGAAAACUAAAUGAAAACAACAUAAAACAAAAGCCAGAAGUCCAGUUGCCAAGUCCAAAAAAAAUAAUUAUGAAACCUUCCCAAAUGAAAACUAGUAUUGAAGAAGCAAAAGGAAAUAUAUUGAUUUCAAAACCUGAUACUGAAAUACAGAAGAGUGAUUUCAGUAAAAAAUCAAAACAAAAAGAGGAAAUGUCAGAAAAUACACAAUCUGAUAUCAAAGCUCCCAGGGUGGACAUCAGCCUGCCCUCCGUCAACGUCACCCUUCCGGAGGCCAGCGUCGACCUGCAGGCGCCUCAGGCCGCCCUCGGCCUGGAAGGGGAAGUCAAAGCCCCAGAGAAGGAGGCCGCCAAGACCAAGGACAGCAAGUUCAAGAUGCCCAAGUUCGGCAUGCCUUCCUUUGGCUGGUCCAGCAGCAGAGAGGCCAAGGGCACUGUGGCCGCCGAGGUGGACGUCAGCCUCAAGGAGCCUCAAGUGACGGUGCCCUCGGGAGCCGCCGAAGUGGACGUGACCCUGCCCGAGGCCGAGAUCCAAGUGCCCGGCGUGGAGGCGACCGUCGAGACGGCCGCCGUAGCAACAGAGGGUGAGAAAGGCCGAUUCAAGAUGCCCGACGUCAAGAUGCCCAGCGUCAAGCUGCCCAAAGUCAAAGCUCCCCACGCCCAGGUCAGCCUGCCCAAGGCCGACGUCUCGCUGCCCAAAGGCCAGGAGGGCGAAGUCGCCCUGCAAGGCCCCGAGGCCGAAGCCAGCCUGGAGGUGGCCGCUGGAAAACCUGAGGGCGGCGGCAUGAAAAUACACAUGCCCAAAGUCAAGGUGCCCAGCGUGGUCUUCUCCAAGCCCACCAUCAAGGCUCCCAAACUGGAUGCAGAUGUCAGCCUCCCGCAGGCAGAGCUCAAGGCCGGCGACGCCGACGUCAGCAUCGCGGCCCCCGACGUCAAGCUGCCCUCAGUCGAAGGCUCCCUUGAGCUCCAGGCGCCCGACACAGACCUCAAAGCCCCCUCCGCCGAAGGCAAGCUCGAGCUGGAAGGCGCGGGCCUCAAAGGCAAGCUCAAGAUGCCCAAGUUCGACAAGCCCAAAUUCGCAGUGUCCUCCCCCAAGGCCGAAGCGCCCACAGCUGAGGUCAGCCUGCCCAGUGCAGAGCUUGACCUCCCCUCCGUCACCGUGACAGCCGCAGGGGAGGGCCCCGCGCUGGGCUUCAAAGCCGACGUCCCUGGUGCCAAGACCGAAGGCGCCGGCUGGAAGCUGGAGAAGCCCUCCCUCAAAAUGCCAAAAGCUGAUAUCAAAGCUCCCAAGGUGGACAUCAGCCUGCCCUCCGUCGACGUCACCCUUCCGGAGGCCAGCGUCGACCUGCAGGCACCCGAGGCCUCCCUCGGCCUGGAAGGGGAAGUCAAAGUCCCAGAGAAGGAGGCCGCCAAGACCAAGGACAGCAAGUUCAAGAUGCCCAAGUUCGGCAUGCCUUCCUUUGGCUGGUCCAGCAGCAGAGAGGCCAAGGGCACUGUGGCUGCCGAGGUGGACGUCAGCCUCAAGGAGCCUCAAGUGACAGCGCCCUCAGGAGCCGCCGAAGUGGACGUGACCCUGCCCGAGGCCGAGAUCCAAGUGCCCGGCGUGGAGGCAACCGUCGAGACGGGCGGCGUAGCAACAGAGGGUGAGAAAGGCCGAUUCAAGAUGCCCGACGUCAAGAUGCCCAGCGUCAAGCUGCCCAAAGUCAAAGCUCCCCACGCCCAGGUCAGCCUGCCCAAGGCCGACGUCUCGCUGCCCAAAGGCCAGGAGGGCGAAGUCGCCCUGCAGGGCCCCGAGGCCGAAGCCAGCCUGGAGGUGGCCGCUGGAAAACCUGAGGGCGGCGGCAUGAAAAUACACAUGCCCAAAGUCAAGGUGCCCAGCAUGGUCUUCUCCAAGCCCACCAUCAAGGCUCCCAAACUGGAUGCAGAUGUCAGCCUCCCGCAGGCAGAGCUCAAGGCCGGCGACGCCGACGUCAGCAUCGCGGCCCCCGACGUCAAGCUGCCCUCCGUCGAAGGCUCCCUCGAGCUCCAGGCGCCCGACAUAGACCUCAAAGCCCCCUCCGCCGAAGGCAAGCUCGAGCUGGAAGGCGCGGGCCUCAAAGGCACGCUCAAGAUGCCCAAGUUCGACAAGCCCAAAUUCGCAGUGUCCUCCCCCAAGGCUGAAGCACCCACAGCUGAGGUCAGCCUGCCCAGUGCAGAGCUCGACCUCCCCUCCGCCACCGUGACUGCCGCAGGGGAGGGCCCCGCGCUGGGCCUCAAAGCCGACGUCCCUGGUGCCAAGACCGAAGGCGCCGGCUGGAAGCUGGAGAAGCCCUCCCUCAAAAUGCCAAAAGCUGAUAUCAAAGCUCCCAAGGUGGACAUCAGCCUGCCCUCCGUCGACGUCACCCUUCCGGAGGCCAGCGUCGACCUGCAGGCACCCAAGGCCUCCCUUGGCCUGGAAGGGGAAGUCAAAGCCCCAGAGAAGGAGGCCGCCAAGACCAAGGACAGCAAGUUCAAGAUGCCCAAGUUCGGCAUGCCUUCCUUUAGCUGGUCCAGCAGCAGAGAGGCCAAGGGCACCGUGGCUGCCGAGGUGGACGUCAGCCUCAAGGAGCCUCAAGUGACGGCGCCCUCGGGAGCCGCCGAAGUGGACGUGACCCUGCCCGAGGCCGAGAUCCAAGUGCCCGGCGUGGAGGCAACCAUCGAGACGGCCGCCGUAGCAACAGAGGACGAGAAAGGCCGAUUCAAGAUGCCCGACGUCAAGAUGCCCAGCGUCAAGCUGCCCAAAGUCAAAGCUCCCCACGCCCAGGUCAGCCUGCCCAAGGCCGAUGUCUCGCUGCCCAAAGGCCAGGAGGGCGAAGUCGCCCUGCAGGGCCCCGAGGCCGAAGCCAGCCUGGAGGUGGCCGCUGGAAAACGUGAGGGCGGCGGCAUGAAAAUACACAUGCCCAAAGUCAAGGUGCCCAGCGUGGUCUUCUCCAAGCCCACCAUCAAGGCUCCCAAACUGGAUGCAGAUGUCAGCCUCCCGCAGGCAGAGCUCAAGGCCGGCGACGCCGACGUCAGCAUCGCGGCCCCCGACGUCAAGCUGCCCUCCGUCGAAGGCUCCCUCGAGCUCCAGGCGCCCGACAUAGACCUCAAAGCCCCCUCCACCGAAGGCAAGCUCGAGCUGGAAGGCACGGGCCUCAAAGGCAAGCUCAAGAUGCCCAAGUUCGACAAGCCCAAAUUCGCAGUGUCCUCCCCCAAGGCCGAAGCGCCCGCAGCUGAGGUCAGCCUGCCCAGUGCAGAGCUCGACCUCCCCUCCGCCACCGUGACUGCCACAGGGGAGGGCCCCGCACUGGGCUUCAAAGCCGACGUCCCUGGUGCCAAGACCGAAGGCGCCAGCUGGAAGCUGGAGAAGCCCUCCCUCAAAAUGCCAAAAGCUGAUAUCAAAGCUCCCAAGGUGGACAUCAGCCUGCCCUCCGUCGACGUCACCCUUCCGGAGGCCAGCGUCGACCUGCAGGCACCCGAGGCCUCCCUCGGCCUGGAAGGGGAAGUCAAAGUCCCAGAGAAGGAGGCCGCCAAGACCAAGGACAGCAAGUUCAAGAUGCCCAAGUUCGGCAUGCCUUCCUUUGGCUGGUCCAGCAGCAGAGAGGCCAAGGGCACUGUGCCCGCUGAGGUGGACGUCAGCCUCAAGGAGCCUCAAGUGACAGCGCCCUCAGGAGCCGCCGAAGUGGACGUGACCCUGCCCGAGGCCGAGAUCCAAGUGCCCGGCGUGGAGGCGACCGUCGAGACAGGCGGCGUAGCAGCAGAGGGCGAGAAAGGCCGAUUCAAGAUGCCCGACGUCAAGAUGCCCAGCGUCAAGCUGCCCAAAGUCAAAGCUCCCCACGCCCAGGUCAGCCUGCCCAAGGCUGACGUCUCGCUGCCCAAAGGCCAGGAGGGUGAAGUCGCCCUGCAGGGCCCCGAGGCCGAAGCCAGCCUGGAGGUGGCCGCUGGAAAACCUGAGGGCGGCGGCAUGAAAAUACACAUGCCCAAAGUCAAGGUGCCCAGCGUGGUCUUCUCCAAGCCCACCAUCAAGGCUCCCAAACUGGAUGCAGAUGUCAGCCUCCCGCAGGCAGAGCUCAAGGCCGGCGACGCCGACGUCAGCAUCGCGGCCCCCGACGUCAAGCUGCCCUCCGUCGAAGGCUCCCUCGAGCUCCAGGCGCCCGACAUAGACCUCAAAGCCCCCUCCACCGAAGGCAAGCUCGAGCUGGAAGGCGCGGGCCUCAAAGGCAAGCUCAAGAUGCCCAAGUUCGACAAGCCCAAAUUCGCAGUGUCCUCCCCCAAGGCCGAAGCGCCCGCAGCUGAGGUCAGCCUGCCCAGCGCAGAGCUCGACCUCCCCUCCGUCACUGUGACUGCCACAGGGGAGGGCCCCGCGCUGGGCCUCAAAGCCGACGUCCCUGGUGCCAAGACCGAAGGCGCCGGCUGGAAGCUGGAGAAGCCCUCCCUCAAAAUGCCAAAAGCUGGUAUCAAAGCUCCCAAGGUGGACAUCAGCCUGCCCUCCGUCGACGUCACCCUUCCGGAGGCCAGCGUCGACCUGCAGGCACCCGAGGCCUCCCUCGGCCUGGAAGGGGAAGUCAAAGUCCCAGAGAAGGAGGCCGCCAAGACCAAGGACAGCAAGUUCAAGAUGCCCAAGUUCGGCAUGCCUUCCUUUGGCUGGUCCAGCAGCAGAGAGGCCAAGGGCACUGUGGCUGCCGAGGUGGACGUCAGCCUCAAGGAGCCUCAAGUGACAGCGCCCUCAGGAGCCGCCGAAGUGGACGUGACCCUGCCCGAGGCCGAGAUCCAAGUGCCCGGCGUGGAGGCGACCGUCGAGACGGGCGGCGUAGCAACAGAGGGUGAGAAAGGCCGAUUCAAGAUGCCCGACGUCAAGAUGCCCAGCGUCAAGCUGCCCAAAGUCAAAGCUCCCCACGCCCAGGUCAGCCUGCCCAAGGCCGACGUUUCGCUGCCCAAAGGCCAGGAGGGCGAAGUCGCCCUGCAGGGCCCCGAGGCCGAAGCCAGCCUGGAGGUGGCCGCUGGAAAACCUGAGGGCAGCGGCAUGAAAAUACACAUGCCCAAAGUCAAGGUGCCCAGCGUGGUCUUCUCCAAGCCCACCAUCAAGGCUCCCAAACUGGAUGCAGAUGUCAGCCUCCCGCAGGCAGAGCUCAAGGCCGGCGACGCCGACGUCAGCAUCGCGGCCGCCGACAUCAAGCUGCCCUCCGUCGAAGGCUCCCUCGAGCUCCAGGCGCCCGACAUAGACCUCAAAGCCCCCUCCGCCGAAGGCAAGCUCGAGCUGGAAGGCGCGGGCCUCAAAGGCAAGCUCAAGAUGCCCAAGUUCGACAAGCCCAAAUUCGCAGUGUCCUCCCCCAAGGCUGAAGCACCCGCAGCUGAGGUCAGCCUGCCCAGUGCAGAGCUCGACCUCCCCUCCGCCACCGUGACUGCCGCAGGGGAGGGCCCCGCGCUGGGCUUCAAAGCCGACGUCCCUGGUGCCAAGACCGAAGGCGCCGGCUGGAAGCUGGAGAAGCCCUCCCUCAAAAUGCCAAAAGCUGAUAUCAAAGCUCCCAAGGUGGACAUCAGCCUGCCCUCCGUCGACGUCACCCUUCCGGAGGCCAGCGUCGACCUGCAGGCACCCGAGGCCUCCCUCGGCCUGGAAGGGGAAGUCAAAGUCCCAGAGAAGGAGGCCGCCAAGACCAAGGACAGCAAGUUCAAGAUGCCCAAGUUCGGCAUGCCUUCCUUUGGCUGGUCCAGCAGCAGAGAGGCCAAGGGCACUGUGGCUGCCGAGGUGGACGUCAGCCUCAAGGAGCCUCAAGUGACAGCGCCCUCAGGAGCCGCCGAAGUGGACGUGACCCUGCCCGAGGCCGAGAUCCAAGUGCCCGGCGUGGAGGCGACCGUCGAGACAGGCGGCGUAGCAGCAGAGGGCGAGAAAGGCCGAUUCAAGAUGCCCGACGUCAAGAUGCCCAGCGUCAAGCUGCCCAAAGUCAAAGCUCCCCACGCCCAGGUCAGCCUGCCCAAGGCUGACGUCUCGCUGCCCAAAGGCCAGGAGGGCGAAGUCGCCCUGCAGGGCCCCGAGGCCGAAGCCAGCCUGGAGGUGGCCGCUGGAAAACCUGAGGGCGGCGGCAUGAAAAUACACAUGCCCAAAGUCAAGGUGCCCAGCGUGGUCUUCUCCAAGCCCACCAUCAAGGCUCCCAAACUGGAUGCAGAUGUCAGCCUCCCGCAGGCAGAGCUCAAGGCCGGCGACGCCGACGUCAGCAUCGCGGCCCCCGACGUCAAGCUGCCCUCCGUCGAAGGCUCCCUCGAGCUCCAGGCGCCCGACAUAGACCUCAAAGCCCCCUCCGCCGAAGGCAAGCUCGAGCUGGAAGGCGCGGGCCUCAAAGGCAAGCUCAAGAUGCCCAAGUUCGACAAGCCCAAAUUCGCAGUGUCCUCCCCCAAGGCCGAAGCGCCCGCAGCUGAGGUCAGCCUGCCCAGUGCAGAGCUCGACCUCCCCUCCGCCACCGUGACUGCCGCAGGGGAGGGCCCCGCGCUGGGCUUCAAAGCCGACGUCCCUGGUGCCAAGACCGAAGGCGCCGGCUGGAAGCUGGAGAAGCCCUCCCUCAAAAUGCCAAAAGCUGAUAUCAAAGCUCCCAAGGUGGACAUCAGCCUGCCCUCCGUCGACGUCACCCUUCCGGAGGCCAGCGUCGACCUGCAGGCACCCGAGGCCUCCCUCGGCCUGGAAGGGGAAGUCAAAGUCCCAGAGAAGGAGGCCGCCAAGACCAAGGACAGCAAGUUCAAGAUGCCCAAGUUCGGCAUGCCUUCCUUUGGCUGGUCCAGCAGCAGAGAGGCCAAGGGCACUGUGCCCGCUGAGGUGGACGUCAGCCUCAAGGAGCCUCAAGUGACAGCGCCCUCAGGAGCCGCCGAAGUGGACGUGACCCUGCCCGAGGCCGAGAUCCAAGUGCCCGGCGUGGAGGCGACCGUCGAGACAGGCGGCGUAGCAGCAGAGGGCGAGAAAGGCCGAUUCAAGAUGCCCGACGUCAAGAUGCCCAGCGUCAAGCUGCCCAAAGUCAAAGCUCCCCACGCCCAGGUCAGCCUGCCCAAGGCUGACGUCUCGCUGCCCAAAGGCCAGGAGGGCGAAGUCGCCCUGCAGGGCCCCGAGGCCGAAGCCAGCCUGGAGGUGGCCGCUGGAAAACCUGAGGGCGGCGGCAUGAAAAUACACAUGCCCAAAGUCAAGGUGCCCAGCGUGGUCUUCUCCAAGCCCACCAUCAAGGCUCCCAAACUGGAUGCAGAUGUCAGCCUCCCGCAGGCAGAGCUCAAGGCCGGCGACGCCGACGUCAGCAUCGCGGCCCCCGACGUCAAGCUGCCCUCCGUCGAAGGCUCCCUCGAGCUCCAGGUGCCCGACAUAGACCUCAAAGCCCCCUCCGCCGAAGGCAAGCUCGAGCUGGAAGGCGCGGGCCUCAAAGGCAAGCUCAAGAUGCCCAAGUUCGACAAGCCCAAAUUCGCAGUGUCCUCCCCCAAGGCCGAAGCGCCCGCAGCUGAGGUCAGCCUGCCCAGUGCAGAGCUCGACCUCCCCUCCGCCACCGUGACUGCCGCAGGGGAGGGCCCCGCGCUGGGCUUCAAAGCCGACGUCCCUGGUGCCAAGACCGAAGGCGCCGGCUGGAAGCUGGAGAAGCCCUCCCUCAAAAUGCCAAAAGCUGAUAUCAAAGCUCCCAAGGUGGACAUCAGCCUGCCCUCCGUCGACGUCACCCUUCCGGAGGCCAGCGUCGACCUGCAGGCACCCGAGGCCUCCCUCGGCCUGGAAGGGGAAGUCAAAGCCCCAGAGAAGGAGGCCGCCAAGACCAAGGACAGCAAGUUCAAGAUGCCCAAGUUCGGCAUGCCUUCCUUUGGCUGGUCCAGCAGCAGAGAGGCCAAGGGCACUGUGGCCGCCGAGGUGGACGUCAGCCUCAAGGAGCCUCAAGUGACGGUGCCCUCGGGAGCCGCCGAAGUGGACGUGACCCUGCCCGAGGCCGAGAUCCAAGUGCCCGGCGUGGAGGCGACCGUCGAGACAGGCGGCGUAGCAGCAGAGGGCGAGAAAGGCCGAUUCAAGAUGCCCGACGUCAAGAUGCCCAGCGUCAAGCUGCCCAAAGUCAAAGCUCCCCACGCCCAGGUCAGCCUGCCCAAGGCUGACGUCUCGCUGCCCAAAGGCCAGGAGGGCGAAGUCGCCCUGCAGGGCCCCGAGGCCGAAGCCAGCCUGGAGGUGGCCGCUGGAAAACCUGAGGGCGGCGGCAUGAAAAUACACAUGCCCAAAGUCAAGGUGCCCAGCGUGGUCUUCUCCAAGCCCACCAUCAAGGCUCCCAAACUGGAUGCAGAUGUCAGCCUCCCGCAGGCAGAGCUCAAGGCCGGCGACGCCGACGUCAGCAUCGCGGCCCCCGACGUCAAGCUGCCCUCCGUCGAAGGCUCCCUCGAGCUCCAGGCGCCCGACAUAGACCUCAAAGCCCCCUCCGCCGAAGGCAAGCUCGAGCUGGAAGGCGCGGGCCUCAAAGGCAAGCUCAAGAUGCCCAAGUUCGACAAGCCCAAAUUCGCAGUGUCCUCCCCCAAGGCUGAAGCGCCCGCAGCUGAGGUCAGCCUGCCCAGCGCAGAGCUCGACCUCCCCUCCGCCACCGUGACUGCCGCAGGGGAGGGCCCCGCGCUGGGCUUCAAAGCCGAUGUCCCUGGUGCCAAGACCGAAGGCGCCGGCUGGAAGCUGGAGAAGCCCUCCCUCAAAAUGCCAAAAGCUGAUAUCAAAGCUCCUAAGGUGGACAUCAGCCUGCCCUCCGUCGACGUCACCCUUCCGGAGGCCAGCGUCGACCUGCAGGCACCCGAGGCCUCCCUCGGCCUGGAAGGGGAAGUCAAAGUCCCAGAGAAGGAGGCCGCCAAGACCAAGGACAGCAAGUUCAAGAUGCCCAAGUUCGGCAUGCCUUCCUUUGGCUGGUCCAGCAGCAGAGAGGCCAAGGGCACUGUGGCUGCCGAGGUGGACGUCAGCCUCAAGGAGCCUCAAGUGACAGCGCCCUCAGGAGCCGCCGAAGUGGACGUGACCCUGCCCGAGGCCGAGAUCCAAGUGCCCGGCGUGGAGGCGACCGUCGAGACAGGCGGCGUAGCAGCAGAGGGCGAGAAAGGCCGAUUCAAGAUGCCCGACGUCAAGAUGCCCAGCGUCAAGCUGCCCAAAGUCAAAGCUCCCCACGCCCAGGUCAGCCUGCCCAAGGCUGACGUCUCGCUGCCCAAAGGCCAGGAGGGCGAAGUCGCCCUGCAGGGCCCCGAGGCCGAAGCCAGCCUGGAGGUGGCCGCUGGAAAACCUGAGGGCGGCGGCAUGAAAAUACACAUGCCCAAAGUCAAGGUGCCCAGCGUGGUCUUCUCCAAGCCCACCAUCAAGGCUCCCAAACUGGAUGCAGAUGUCAGCCUCCCGCAGGCAGAGCUCAAGGCCGGCGACGCCGACGUCAGCAUCGCGGCCCCCGACGUCAAGCUGCCCUCCGUCGAAGGCUCCCUCGAGCUCCAGGCGCCCGACAUAGACCUCAAAGCCCCCUCCGCCGAAGGCAAGCUCGAGCUGGAAGGCGCGGGCCUCAAAGGCAAGCUCAAGAUGCCCAAGUUCGACAAGCCCAAAUUCGCAGUGUCCUCCCCCAAGGCCGAAGCGCCCGCAGCUGAGGUCAGCCUGCCCAGUGCAGAGCUCGACCUCCCCUCCGCCACCGUGACUGCCGCAGGGGAGGGCCCCGCGCUGGGCUUCAAAGCCGACGUCCCUGGUGCCAAGACCGAAGGCGCCGGCUGGAAGCUGGAGAAGCCCUCCCUCAAAAUGCCAAAAGCUGAUAUCAAAGCUCCCAAGGUGGACAUCAGCCUGCCCUCCGUCGACGUCACCCUUCCGGAGGCCAGCGUCGACCUGCAGGCACCCGAGGCCUCCCUCGGCCUGGAAGGGGAAGUCAAAGUCCCAGAGAAGGAGGCCGCCAAGACCAAGGACAGCAAGUUCAAGAUGCCCAAGUUCGGCAUGCCUUCCUUUGGCUGGUCCAGCAGCAGAGAGGCCAAGGGCACUGUGGCUGCCGAGGUGGACGUCAGCCUCAAGGAGCCUCAAGUGACAGCGCCCUCAGGAGCCGCCGAAGUGGACGUGACCCUGCCCGAGGCCGAGAUCCAAGUGCCCGGCGUGGAGGCGACCGUCGAGACGGGCGGCGUAGCAACAGAGGGUGAGAAAGGCCGAUUCAAGAUGCCCGACGUCAAGAUGCCCAGCGUCAAGCUGCCCAAAGUCAAAGCUCCCCACGCCCAGGUCAGCCUGCCCAAGGCCGACGUUUCGCUGCCCAAAGGCCAGGAGGGCGAAGUCGCCCUGCAGGGCCCCGAGGCCGAAGCCAGCCUGGAGGUGGCCGCUGGAAAACCUGAGGGCGGCGGCAUGAAAAUACACAUGCCCAAAGUCAAGGUGCCCAGCGUGGUCUUCUCCAAGCCCACCAUCAAGGCUCCCAAACUGGAUGCAGAUGUCAGCCUCCCGCAGGCAGAGCUCAAGGCCGGCGACGCCGACGUCAGCAUCGCGGCCCCCGACAUCAAGCUGCCCUCCGUCGAAGGCUCCCUCGAGCUCCAGGCGCCCGACAUAGACCUCAAAGCCCCCUCCGCCGAAGGCAAGCUCGAGCUGGAAGGCGCGGGCCUCAAAGGCAAGCUCAAGAUGCCCAAGUUCGACAAGCCCAAAUUCGCAGUGUCCUCCCCCAAGGCUGAAGCGCCUGCAGCUGAGGUCAGCCUGCCCAGUGCAGAGCUCGACCUCCCCUCCGCCACCGUGACUGCCGCAGGGGAGGGCCCCGCGCUGGGCUUCAAAGCCGACGUCCCUGGUGCCAAGACCGAAGGCGCCGGCUGGAAGCUGGAGAAGCCCUCCCUCAAAAUGCCAAAAGCUGAUAUCAAAGCUCCCAAGGUGGACAUCAGCCUGCCCUCCGUCGACGUCACCCUUCCGGAGGCCAGCGUCGACCUGCAGGCACCCGAGGCCUCCCUCGGCCUGGAAGGGGAAGUCAAAGUCCCAGAGAAGGAGGCCGCCAAGACCAAGGACAGCAAGUUCAAGAUGCCCAAGUUCGGCAUGCCUUCCUUUGGCUGGUCCAGCAGCAGAGAGGCCAAGGGCACUGUGCCCGCUGAGGUGGACGUCAGCCUCAAGGAGCCUCAAGUGACAGCGCCCUCAGGAGCCGCCGAAGUGGACGUGACCCUGCCCGAGGCCGAGAUCCAAGUGCCCGGCGUGGAGGCGACCGUCGAGACAGGCGGCGUAGCAGCAGAGGGCGAGAAAGGCCGAUUCAAGAUGCCCGACGUCAAGAUGCCCAGCGUCAAGCUGCCCAAAGUCAAAGCUCCCCACGCCCAGGUCAGCCUGCCCAAGGCUGACGUCUCGCUGCCCAAAGGCCAGGAGGGCGAAGUCGCCCUGCAGGGCCCCGAGGCCGAAGCCAGCCUGGAGGUGGCCGCUGGAAAACCUGAGGGCGGCGGCAUGAAAAUACACAUGCCCAAAGUCAAGGUGCCCAGCGUGGUCUUCUCCAAGCCCACCAUCAAGGCUCCCAAACUGGAUGCAGAUGUCAGCCUCCCGCAGGCAGAGCUCAAGGCCGGCGACGCCGACGUCAGCAUCGCGGCCCCCGACGUCAAGCUGCCCUCCGUCGAAGGCUCCCUCGAGCUCCAGGCGCCCGACAUAGACCUCAAAGCCCCCUCCGCCGAAGGCAAGCUCGAGCUGGAAGGCGCGGGCCUCAAAGGCAAGCUCAAGAUGCCCAAGUUCGACAAGCCCAAAUUCGCAGUGUCCUCCCCCAAGGCCGAAGCGCCCGCAGCUGAGGUCAGCCUGCCCAGUGCAGAGCUCGACCUCCCCUCCGCCACCGUGACUGCCGCAGGGGAGGGCCCCGCGCUGGGCUUCAAAGCCGACGUCCCUGGUGCCAAGACCGAAGGCGCCGGCUGGAAGCUGGAGAAGCCCUCCCUCAAAAUGCCAAAAGCUGAUAUCAAAGCUCCCAAGGUGGACAUCAGCCUGCCCUCCGUCGACGUCACCCUUCCGGAGGCCAGCGUCGACCUGCAGGCACCCGAGGCCUCCCUCGGCCUGGAAGGGGAAGUCAAAGCCCCAGAGAAGGAGGCCGCCAAGACCAAGGACAGCAAGUUCAAGAUGCCCAAGUUCGGCAUGCCUUCCUUUGGCUGGUCCAGCAGCAGAGAGGCCAAGGGCACUGUGGCCGCCGAGGUGGACGUCAGCCUCAAGGAGCCUCAAGUGACGGUGCCCUCGGGAGCCGCCGAAGUGGACGUGACCCUGCCCGAGGCCGAGAUCCAAGUGCCCGGCGUGGAGGCGACCGUCGAGACAGGCAGCGUAGCAGCAGAGGGUGAGAAAGGCCGAUUCAAGAUGCCCGACGUCAAGAUGCCCAGCGUCAAGCUGCCCAAAGUCAAAGCUCCCCACGCCCAGGUCAGCCUGCCCAAGGCUGACGUCUCGCUGCCCAAAGGCCAGGAGGGCGAAGUCGCCCUGCAGGGCCCCGAGGCCGAAGCCAGCCUGGAGGUGGCCGCUGGAAAACCUGAGGGCGGCGGCAUGAAAAUACACAUGCCCAAAGUCAAGGUGCCCAGCGUGGUCUUCUCCAAGCCCACCAUCAAGGCUCCCAAACUGGAUGCAGAUGUCAGCCUCCCGCAGGCAGAGCUCAAGGCCGGCGACGCCGACGUCAGCAUCGCGGCCCCCGACGUCAAGCUGCCCUCCGUCGAAGGCUCCCUCGAGCUCCAGGCGCCCGACAUAGACCUCAAAGCCCCCUCCGCCGAAGGCAAGCUCGAGCUGGAAGGCGCGGGCCUCAAAGGCAAGCUCAAGAUGCCCAAGUUCGACAAGCCCAAAUUCGCAGUGUCCUCCCCCAAGGCUGAAGCGCCCGCAGCUGAGGUCAGCCUGCCCAGCGCAGAGCUCGACCUCCCCUCCGCCACCGUGACUGCCGCAGGGGAGGGCCCCGCGCUGGGCUUCAAAGCCGACGUCCCUGGUGCCAAGACCGAAGGCGCCGGCUGGAAGCUGGAGAAGCCCUCCCUCAAAAUGCCAAAAGCUGAUAUCAAAGCUCCCAAGGUGGACAUCAGCCUGCCCUCCGUCGACGUCACCCUUCCGGAGGCCAGCGUCGACCUGCAGGCACCCGAGGCCUCCCUCGGCCUGGAAGGGGAAGUCAAAGUCCCAGAGAAGGAGGCCGCCAAGACCAAGGACAGCAAGUUCAAGAUGCCCAAGUUCGGCAUGCCUUCCUUUGGCUGGUCCAGCAGCAGAGAGGCCAAGGGCACUGUGGCUGCCGAGGUGGACGUCAGCCUCAAGGAGCCUCAAGUGACAGCGCCCUCAGGAGCCGCCGAAGUGGACGUGACCCUGCCCGAAGCCGAGAUCCAAGUGCCCGGCGUGGAGGCAACCGUCGAGACGGGUGGCGUAGCAACAGAGGGUGAGAAAGGCCGAUUCAAGAUGCCCGAUGUCAAGAUGCCCAGCGUCAAGCUGCCCAAAGUCAAAGCUCCCCACGCCCAGGUCAGCCUGCCCAAGGCCGACGUUUCGCUGCCCAAAGGCCAGGAGGGCGAAGUCGCCCUGCAGGGCCCCGAGGCCGAAGCCAGCCUGGAGGUGGCCGCUGGAAAACCUGAGGGCGGCGGCAUGAAAAUACACAUGCCCAAAGUCAAGGUGCCCAGCGUGGUCUUCUCCAAGCCCACCAUCAAGGCUCCCAAACUGGAUGCAGAUGUCAGCCUCCCGCAGGCAGAGCUCAAGGCCGGCGACGCCGACGUCAGCAUCGCGGCCCCCGACGUCAAGCUGCCCUCCGUCGAAGGCUCCCUCGAGCUCCAGGUGCCCGACAUAGACCUCAAAGCCCCCUCCGCCGAAGGCAAGCUCGAGCUGGAAGGCGCGGGCCUCAAAGGCAAGCUCAAGAUGCCCAAGUUCGACAAGCCCAAAUUCGCAGUGUCCUCCCCCAAGGCCGAAGCGCCCGCAGCUGAGGUCAGCCUGCCCAGUGCAGAGCUCGACCUCCCCUCCGCCACCGUGACUGCCACAGGGGAGGGCCCCGCGCUGGGCCUCAAAGCCGACGUCCCUGGUGCCAAGACCGAAGGCGCCGGCUGGAAGCUGGAGAAGCCCUCCCUCAAAAUGCCAAAAGCUGAUAUCAAAGCUCCCAAGGUGGACAUCAGCCUGCCCUCCGUCGACGUCACCCUUCCGGAGGCCAGCGUCGACCUGCAGGCACCCGAGGCCUCUCUCGGCCUGGAAGGGGAAGUCAAAGCCCCAGAGAAGGAGGCCGCCAAGACCAAGGACAGCAAGUUCAAGAUGCCCAAGUUCGGCAUGCCUUCCUUUGGCUGGUCCAGCAGCAGAGAGGCCAAGGGCACUGUGGCUGCCGAGGUGGACGUCAGCCUCAAGGAGCCUCAAGUGACAGCGCCCUCAGGAGCCGCCGAAGUGGACGUGACCCUGCCCGAGGCCGAGAUCCAAGUGCCCGGCGUGGAGGCGACCGUCGAGACGGGCAGCGUAGCAACAGAGGGUGAGAAAGGCCGAUUCAAGAUGCCCGACGUCAAGAUGCCCAGCGUCAAGCUGCCCAAAGUCAAAGCUCCCCACGCCCAGGUCAGCCUGCCCAAGGCUGACGUCUCGCUGCCCAAAGGCCAGGAGGGCGAAGUCGCCCUGCAGGGCCCCGAGGCCGAAGCCAGCCUGGAGGUGGCCGCUGGAAAACCUGAGGGCGGCGGCAUGAAAAUACACAUGCCCAAAGUCAAGGUGCCCAGCGUGGUCUUCUCCAAGCCCACCAUCAAGGCUCCCAAACUGGAUGCAGAUGUCAGCCUCCCGCAGGCAGAGCUCAAGGCCGGCGACGCCGACGUCAGCAUCGCGGCCCCCGACGUCAAGCUGCCCUCCGUCGAAGGCUCCCUCGAGCUCCAGGCGCCCGACAUAGACCUCAAAGCCCCCUCCACCGAAGGCAAGCUCGAGCUGGAAGGCGCGGGCCUCAAAGGCAAGCUCAAGAUGCCCAAGUUCGACAAGCCCAAAUUCGCAGUGUCCUCCCCCAAGGCCGAAGCGCCCGCAGCUGAGGUCAGCCUGCCCAGCGCAGAGCUCGACCUCCCCUCCGUCACCGUGACUGCCACAGGGGAGGGCCCCGCGCUGGGCCUCAAAGCCGACGUCCCUGGUGCCAAGACCGAAGGCGCCGGCUGGAAGCUGGAGAAGCCCUCCCUCAAAAUGCCAAAAGCUGAUAUCAAAGCUCCCAAGGUGGACAUCAGCCUGCCCUCCGUCGACGUCACCCUUCCGGAGGCCAGCGUCGACCUGCAGGCACCCGAGGCCUCCCUCGGCCUGGAAGGGGAAGUCAAAGUCCCAGAGAAGGAGGCCGCCAAGACCAAGGACAGCAAGUUCAAGAUGCCCAAGUUCGGCAUGCCUUCCUUUGGCUGGUCCAGCAGCAGAGAGGCCAAGGGCACUGUGGCUGCCGAGGUGGACGUCAGCCUCAAGGAGCCUCAAGUGACAGCGCCCUCAGGAGCCGCCGAAGUGGACGUGACCCUGCCCGAGGCCGAGAUCCAAGUGCCCGGCGUGGAGGCGACCGUCGAGACGGGCAGCGUAGCAACAGAGGGUGAGAAAGGCCGAUUCAAGAUGCCCGACGUCAAGAUGCCCAGCGUCAAGCUGCCCAAAGUCAAAGCUCCCCACGCCCAGGUCAGCCUGCCCAAGGCUGACGUCUCGCUGCCCAAAGGCCAGGAGGGCGAAGUCGCCCUGCAGGGCCCCGAGGCCGAAGCCAGCCUGGAGGUGGCCGCUGGAAAACCUGAGGGCGGCGGCAUGAAAAUACACAUGCCCAAAGUCAAGGUGCCCAGCGUGGUCUUCUCCAAGCCCACCAUCAAGGCUCCCAAACUGGAUGCAGAUGUCAGCCUCCCGCAGGCAGAGCUCAAGGCCGGCGACGCCGACGUCAGCAUCGCGGCCCCCGACGUCAAGCUGCCCUCCGUCGAAGGCUCCCUCGAGCUCCAGGCGCCCGACAUAGACCUCAAAGCCCCCUCCACCGAAGGCAAGCUCGAGCUGGAAGGCGCGGGCCUCAAAGGCAAGCUCAAGAUGCCCAAGUUCGACAAGCCCAAAUUCGCAGUGUCCUCCCCCAAGUCCGAAGCGCCCGCAGCUGAGGUCAGCCUGCCCAGCGCAGAGCUCGACCUCCCCUCCGUCACCGUGACUGCCACAGGGGAGGGCCCCGCGCUGGGCCUCAAAGCCGACGUCCCUGGUGCCAAGACCGAAGGCGCCGGCUGGAAGCUGGAGAAGCCCUCCCUCAAAAUGCCAAAAGCUGAUAUCAAAGCUCCCAAGGUGGACAUCAGCCUGCCCUCCGUCGACGUCACCCUUCCGGAGGCCAGCGUCGACCUGCAGGCACCCGAGGCCUCCCUCGGCCUGGAAGGGGAAGUCAAAGUCCCAGAGAAGGAGGCCGCCAAGACCAAGGACAGCAAGUUCAAGAUGCCCAAGUUCGGCAUGCCUUCCUUUGGCUGGUCCAGCAGCAGAGAGGCCAAGGGCACUGUGGCUGCCGAGGUGGACGUCAGCCUCAAGGAGCCUCAAGUGACAGCGCCCUCAGGAGCCGCCGAAGUGGACGUGACCCUGCCCGAGGCCGAGAUCCAAGUGCCCGGCGUGGAGGCAACCGUCGAGACGGGUGGCGUAGCAACAGAGGGUGAGAAAGGCCGAUUCAAGAUGCCCGACGUCAAGAUGCCCAGCGUCAAGCUGCCCAAAGUCAAAGCUCCCCACGCCCAGGUCAGCCUGCCCAAGGCCGACGUCUCGCUGCCCAAAGGCCAGGAGGGCGAAGUCGCCCUGCAGGGCCCCGAGGCCGAAGCCAGCCUGGAGGUGGCCGCUGGAAAACCUGAGGGCAGCGGCAUGAAAAUACACAUGCCCAAAGUCAAGGUGCCCAGCAUGGUCUUCUCCAAGCCCACCAUCAAGGCUCCCAAACUGGAUGCAGAUGUCAGCCUCCCGCAGGCAGAGCUCAAGGCCGGCGACGCCGACGUCAGCAUCGCGGCCCCCGACGUCAAGCUGCCCUCCGUCGAAGGCUCCCUCGAGCUCCAGGCGCCCGACAUAGACCUCAAAGCCCCCUCCGCCGAAGGCAAGCUCGAGCUGGAAGGCGCGGGCCUCAAAGGCAAGCUCAAGAUGCCCAAGUUCGACAAGCCCAAAUUCGCAGUGUCCUCCCCCAAGGCCGAAGCGCCCGCAGCUGAGGUCAGCCUGCCCAGUGCAGAGCUCGACCUCCCCUCCGCCACCGUGACUGCCACAGGGGAGGGCCCCGUGCUGGGCCUCAAAGCCGACGUCCCUGGUGCCAAGACCGAAGGCGCCGGCUGGAAGCUGGAGAAGCCCUCCCUCAAAAUGCCAAAAGCUGAUAUCAAAGCUCCCAAGGUGGACAUCAGCCUGCCCUCCGUCGACGUCACCCUUCCGGAGGCCAGCGUCGACCUGCAGGCACCCGAGGCCUCUCUCGGCCUGGAAGGGGAAGUCAAAGCCCCAGAGAAGGAGGCCGCCAAGACCAAGGACAGCAAGUUCAAGAUGCCCAAGUUCGGCAUGCCUUCCUUUGGCUGGUCCAGCAGCAGAGAGGCCAAGGGCACUGUGGCUGCCGAGGUGGACGUCAGCCUCAAGGAGCCUCAAGUGACAGCGUCCUCAGGAGCCGCCGAAGUGGACGUGACCCUGCCCGAGGCCGAGAUCCAAGUGCCCGGCGUGGAGGCGACCGUCGAGACGGGCGGCGUAGCAACAGAGGGUGAGAAAGGCCGAUUCAAGAUGCCCGACGUCAAGAUGCCCAGCGUCAAGCUGCCCAAAGUCAAAGCUCCCCACGCCCAGGUCAGCCUGCCCAAGGCCGACGUCUCGCUGCCCAAAGGCCAGGAGGGCGAAGUCGCCCUGCAGGGCCCCGAGGCCGAAGCCAGCCUGGAGGUGGCCGCUGGAAAACCUGAGGGCGGCGGCAUGAAAAUACACGUGCCCAAAGUCAAGGUGCCCAGCGUGGUCUUCUCCAAGCCCACCAUCAAGGCUCCCAAACUGGAUGCAGAUGUCAGCCUCCCGCAGGCAGAGCUCAAGGCCGGCGACGCCGACGUCAGCAUCGCGGCCCCCGACGUCAAGCUGCCCUCCGUCGAAGGCUCCCUCGAGCUCCAGGCGCCCGACAUAGACCUCAAAGCCCCCUCCGCCGAAGGCAAGCUCGAGCUGGAAGGCGCGGGCCUCAAAGGCAAGCUCAAGAUGCCCAAGUUCGACAAGCCCAAAUUCGCAGUGUCCUCCCCCAAGGCCGAAGCGCCCGCAGCUGAGGUCAGCCUGCCCAGCGCAGAGCUCGACCUCCCCUCCGUCACCGUGACUGCCACAGGGGAGGGCCCCGUGCUGGGCCUCAAAGCCGACGUCCCUGGUGCCAAGACCGAAGGCGCCGGCUGGAAGCUGGAGAAGCCCUCCCUCAAAAUGCCAAAAGCUGAUAUCAAAGCUCCCAAGGUGGACAUCAGCCUGCCCUCCGUCGACGUCACCCUUCCGGAGGCCAGCGUCGACCUGCAGGCACCCGAGGCCUCCCUCGGCCUGGAAGGGGAAGUCAAAGUCCCAGAGAAGGAGGCCGCCAAGACCAAGGACAGCAAGUUCAAGAUGCCCAAGUUCGGCAUGCCUUCCUUUGGCUGGUCCAGCAGCAGAGAGGCCAAGGGCACUGUGGCUGCCGAGGUGGAUGUCAGCCUCAAGGAGCCUCAAGUGACGGUGCCCUCGGGAGCUGCUGAAUUGGAUAUGACCUCUCCUGAAUCUGAGGUCCAAGCGUCCACUUUUGACAUUCCCCUAGAUUCUUCCUCCAGUAAAGAGGAUGAAAUGGGCAAAUCUAGAAGCUCUUUAUUUAGAAUGCCUAAAAUUUCUCUGUCUAAAAGUUUCAAACCUGAUAUAGAAAACCAAUCUGGAGUUGAUCUUACCGUUUCAGAAACUCUUUGUUAUUCUUCAACAGAGGACACUUCACUUCCUUCAGAGAGUGUUGGAUCUAAACCUUUUUCUGACAUUAAGGGUGAUAGUGUCUCUAAAAGUACCAAAUUCAGAGUUCCUAGCAUUGGUUUCUCUAAAGCUGAAGUGAGUUCAUCUAAAAUUGAUGUGGAGUCCUCAUUACAUAAAGGGGAUAUUACUCUUACUAAAUACCAAAUUAAUCUAACAGAAUCUCAAUCAAAAAUAGCAUCUCCUGUUGAUGAAAAUCUUUCGGAUUUUGAAAUUUUAAGUGAAGAUGGUUCUGAGGAGCAAGGAGGUCCAAAGCUAGAAGGUAAAACAACAUCUGCUGAAAUAUCUUUGGUUGACACAGAGAUCACAGUUAAAAUUCCUAAAUUCCGAAAACCUAAAUUCAGAAUUCGAUCUAAGGGAAAAGCAUCUGAAAGUGACAUUGUUUCCAACAUGGAAUCUGAAAUUUCCAAGGGAAGGAUAACAUCUGAUAUGACUGAUCCUGAUAUUGAAAAACCAGCUCAAAUCUCUGAUGCCCAACUUGGUGUAAAGUUGCAUAAGCCUUCACUUGAAGUUGUUCUGGAUGCACCAACAAUGGAUCCAAAUUUCUCACCAAUGGAGGUUACCUUGCCAAAAUUAGAAGCAGAAAUCCAUGGCUCAGAUUUAGAGUGCAAGGCAGAGCAGGAAGUAGUUUCAGGAGAGAAGAGUACUGAGGAGAAGGAAAACAAAUUUAAAUCAUCAAAAUUCAAACUACCUUCAUUUCGGUGGUCACCAAAGAAAGAAGCUAUUGCUCCUUCUCACAUUGAGGAACAUCUGGAAGGACCCACUUUGUCUACUUUAUCUGGAGACACAGGAUCUGAAUUAACUUUUCUUACUCCUGAGAAUCAAUACCUCCAUGCAGAAUUUGAUACAGCAGAAAAAGAUGGUGAAAAGGUCAAAACCAAGAAGUCCCAAUUUACCAUGCCAAAGAUCUCAUUCCCUAAAACUAAGGGUCAGAAAGUCCAAGUCUCUCUGCCCAUCCUGGAAACUGAUGUUUCUGGACCCAAACAAGAAAAAGAAGUUGUUUCUGUUCAGAAAUCUGAGAAAGGGAGUAGUGGAGAAGGGGCAGGACUGGGCAUAAAAGUUCCAAAAGUUACAGUCCCAACUUUGGAAUUUUCCAAACCAGAAGCCAAAGCUCCCAAAAUAGAGAUGGAUAUUAGCAUGCCUACAGGUGAGGUCACACUUCCUACCUGUGAAGAAGAUGGGUUUACACUGAAAUCAGCUGCUGCUGAUGCCAGCCUCUCCACCUCAGAUAUUAGGAUGAUAACUGAAGGUUCGCUUGAGGUGAAGAGUCCUGACAAAAGUGUUGAAAGAACAUCAAGUGAAAUUGCUGUGGGUGAUGUAGAGAUAAAAGCUGAAGGUUCUGAAGUGAAAACAAAAAUGUCUAAAUUCCAAAUGCCAAAGGUAGGAAUUACACUUUCUAAAGGGAAAGGGUCAGAAAAGGAUGUUGGUCAAUCUAAAUCAGAAAUCAAGGUUCCCCAACUAAAAGCAACAGUAGAAAUAUCUGACAUUGCUGUUGAAGCACCAAACUUGGAGGUGGAAUGUGGCACUGGAACAGAGACUUACAGCCCUGAAGUCAAAAUGACCAAAACUGACAGUAAGGCAUCAGAGGUUGAUGCUCACCUCCCAUCAGCUGACAUUUCUAUUCCAAAAACAGAUAGUGAUAUUCAGGAUUCAGAUGCAGCAGUAAAAAUCAAGGGGGAAAUAAAGCAAGAUGGAGAUGGAGAGGAGAAAGAAGGACAUUUCAAAAUGCCAAAAUUCAAACUUCCAUCCUUCAGUUGGUCACCAAAGAAGGAAGCAAGUGUUAAAUCAGAUUCUGGAGCAGAUUUGGAAGACCAAAAGCUUGCUGUCAUGUCAAGCAGAAUAGACACAGAAAUGAAAGGAACUGCAACUGAUGAUCAUGGUAGUGGGCCAGACCUUGAUCUGGAAAUAUCUGCAGGAAAAGCUGAACAAAAAAGUCCAAUUAAAAAGCCUCAAUUUGUCAUGCCUAAAAUUUCACUCUCCAAGAUCAAGGUUCCAAAAUCUCAGUCUCGUUCACCAAAAGUUGAAGCUGAUGCUCAUCUUCCUAAAACAGAAAUAGAGGGCGAUGAUUCAAUUAAGAUACCUGAUAUAGAAAAAAGUCAUCCUGAAUGGACCAUGGAAGGGGCACAAAUAAGCAUAAAACUGGCUGACACUAAAGUCCACACUCCGGAGUUUUCCAGAAUAGAAACUGAAGCCUCUAAAACUGAAAUGACAGUCAGCUCAGCAAAGAUUGAUGCUUCUUUGACUCCCUCAGAGGGGAGUUUUCAACAGCUUGACUUAAGUUCUACCAAUGAAUAUAGCAUUCAAAAAACAGGUAUUAAGCUCCCCAAAGGAGAAGCUUCAGUUAAUUUGAAGAGCCCUGAUAUAUUAACAGAAAGCUCAUCAGUUGUGGAUGGAAGACAAGUGAAAUUGGAAGGUCCUGAAGGGAAGAUUAAAAUGCCCAAAUUCCAGAAGCCGAAGUUUGGAAUCUCCCUAAUAAAAGGGAAAGGCCCAGAGACAGAGAUCAGCUCUCCAACUAUAGAAGCUGAGCUACCCCAGCUAAAAACGACAAAUGAAAUUGCUGACAUUGCUGUGGGAGUUCCACAGUCAGAACCUACACCUGAUAUGGCAGAUCCUGGACUAGUUGAUGAUAAGAUAAAAACACCCCAAACUCUGAUGGGUGGCAUUGAAGAUACAAAGGUAGACAUAAGCACCCAGUCAGUGUCUAAACCAAAGACAGAGGGAGUUAGUGAGAGUUUUGAGGAAAAGGAAAUCAAAUUAAAAGAACAUGAAAUAAAAGCUGGAGAAGUUCAGACUGAAGAACAUCAGGGAUGGUUCAAAAUGCCAAAAUUCAGAAUACCUGCAUUUGGCAGGUCAUCCUUAAAGGAAAAAAAAAGUGAUGCUGAUAUUGAAAAAAAUAUGGGAAAAGCUCAGGAAACUAUUCCUUCUGCAAAAAUACAAACUGAAACAAGUAUUCCUGAAAGUACCUUCUCAUUACCACAUGCAGUUGCUGAAAUUACUAUUGGAAAAGAGGGGAUUCAAAAAUUAGCAGAUUCUGUGAAGAGUUCUGAUGUUAGCUUGCCAAAGAUGGAAGGAGAUAUUUCAUUAUCCACAGAAAGAACAGAUAGUAGAGUGAAUAUUCCAAAAACUGAAACUUACGAAGACGUAGUUAAGUGCAGUGCUGAAGGACAUACUUCAGAUAUCACAGUGUCUGCAGCAGAGUUGUCUAAAUCACACGCAAGUGCUUCAGAAACUGACAAACACAAGAGUUCAACAAAUAGGUUUCCUACAUGUACUCUGACUUUUCCAGAGCAUAAAGGCAAAUCACAGGACAUAGAAGUCCCAAAGGUAGAAAGUUCCAUGAAAUUAGAGACAUCAGGAUUAGGAGGCAAACCAUCAUCAACUGAAAUUACUCUGGAUGAAACACAGAAGAAAACACAUGUCAGUCUUCCAAAGGAAGAGCUAGAUAUUCAAAAUAAAGAGGCAGCAAGUAAAAAGGGAAAGAUAAAGGGUGAGGUGAAAAUCAUAGGAAAAGACUGUGAAGAAAGUCAAUUAAAGAGGACUUCGUUUACUACAAAAGGAUCAGAAGAUGGUACUUAUGUUACUGCUAAGCUGGAAGAUCUAAAGGUAGAAGUCCCGACAGUGAAGACAGAUGUUAAAAUUACUAGAGUAGAACCUGAAAUGAAAUUUCAAGUGAAAAGUGUUGAAAAGGAUGUGUCUGCAGGAGUGGAAGUGCAAGUAGAAGACAGAGCAGAAACGAGUAAAAUUAAAGCAUACAAGUUUAAGAUUCCAAAGUUUGGAAUGUUGCAUUCAGAAAUCAAGGGGUUUGAAGAUGACACCAAUUUUCCAAAGUCAGAAGCUGAUUCAGCACCUAAAAGUGGAAUAGGCACAGCAGAAAUGCAGUUAAGAAAACCAGAAGGAUCUAUUGGCCUGAAAAGUCCAGCUCAAGAUCAUACGGAAGCAUCUGCCAGAGUAACAGGGGAAACAAUGGACCAAACACAAGGUGUCCCAGAAGUAAGUGUAAGAAUUCCCAAACUAAAAAUACCAAGAUUCACUUUCAGAACUCUCCCAAUUGAAGCUGAUGUUUUACUGUCAAAAGUGGAAACAGAUCCAAAGGGCUGUAGUACUGACAUUGAAGUAGUGCAACUGCAAGCAAGCUCUGCUAUCCCCAAAGAAACACCAGGAGCUCUAGAGGGGGGUAUUCAAAAAGCAAAAAGCAAAAUUGUUACGCUGACUGAACCUGACAUUAAAACAGCACAAAUGACAGCUACCAUAGAGUCCUCACUCUCAAGUGCAGGGCAAGACAUUCAUUGGUCUCAUAUAGAGGGCCAAGAAGUAAGUGAGAAAGUAGAACCUGAACAUGUUGCUAUUGAAAGGUGUGAGAUUUACACUACUGAAAUACUGAAAGAAUCAGAGAUUCUGUCAUCAGAGGUCAAAACUGCUACUUUGGGAUUCUCAUUGCUCAAGACGAAGUUGCCUGAAUCACACAGUGAUUUAGAAGUGCUGGUCCAGCAGCCAUCUCCGCCAGGGGGUUUGUCAGUGAGAAAACCUACAGGUGCUGGUGAAAGCCUCGGAGUGGCAGCACAGAGAACUGCCAGUGCUGAGCUUAAACUAUCUGACAAACCACACCAUGAGUCUGAAGAAUCUAGAGGAAAAGUAAGUUUGACAAAGUUAAAAACAUCUGCUGCUGAAGUAAAGUGUUCCAGUAAACUUGAAGAGAGUUUUCCUGAAAAAUCACCAGAGGGAGUAACAGCAGCUCCUCUCUCUAAAGAUGAAGAUGUAGUUGAAGCAGUGGAAGGUGAAGAAAAAGACAUAACCAAUGAGAAAGAAAAGAUUGAUAGUAAAAGAUCUCCUGGAAGAUUCAAAUUUUGGCUUCCAAGUAUUGGCUUUUCAUCUUCUGGGGAUGAAACAAGCACAGAUGCAAAACCAGAAAUAAAAAAAUCAGUUCCAGAAGAUGUGAAACCUGCUGACACAUCAGAUGAUUCCUCUAAGCAGGCUGAAAAAGCUGGAUGGUUUAGACUUCCCAAAUUUGGUUUCACAUCUCCUUCCAAAAAGGCUAAGUCAGUUGACAAAGAAGAGGUGGGUCAUAAAGAGGGGAGCCUCUCAGAUGAAGACAGCCCAACAGAUAAACCAGAUGUGUUUUUUGAUGCGCAAGAAAGCUUAUCACCUAAAGAAAUAGGAGAGGGUGAAAAAGCUGAAAUUGAUGGGGCCUCAUCUAUUGUGACAUCUUCAGCAAGAACUGAACUAAUCUUGUUGGAGGAAGAAAAAGAUAGUAAAUCUAAUAUUGUUGGAGAUAAAACCAAAUGAAGUUGUAUUUUCUCAAUCCUCAAUGAAAACAGAAUCAUCCAUAUGUACAGAAGAGAAUGUUUUCUUAAUUUUCUGCUAACUGAAAAUUAAACCCCAAAGCUGGUUUCAUGAAAACUUGAACAGAAUUCACCAUAUAUAAAUUUUCAAUUACAUAGAUGUACUAGAUUGUACACUAAUAAAAAUAGUGAUUUCUCCAAAUCUACCCCAAAGGCAACAAUUAUGACAGGCACAGAGGAGCCCAUGAGUCUGUGAGCAAAGUCUGAGUAGAUACCUGAACCAUGAAAGUAAAUCAUUGAAAGCCUCAAGGACAGCAAAAGACUUGUUAAAUAGGCUUCUCAAAACACACCAGUUAUAUUUAGAUUACAGAUUAUUUCUAGAACGGGUUAUAAACUAGUACUAUGAGAACUAUACUUACCUGUUUAGAUUUUGGACUUUUUUGAUCUACUUUGCUUUGUUAUUAAAAUGUUUUUCUUUAUUUCAGCUAAGGUAGUAUGUAUAUUCCACAAACAUUCUAAAAUACAAAAUAAGAAUUAAAUACUAGUGUAGAGAGACUAAUGCUUUGCCUCUUCCUCUCCUCUCAUUUUUUUAUUAUUGUGGUGGGUCAUAGUUAGCCUUACAAUAAUUAAAAAAAAAAAAACAGCAAAAACCAACAGAUUAAUUCCAAGACCAAAAAACAUGUAACUAAAUCAUGUUUGUAAGAUACCAGAAUAAAACAUGCUUACAAAGAAUAUUAUUCAAAUGUGGAUAAAUAAAUUUUAAUGUAUAUACUUAUGGGAUAGUUUAAUGCUUUGAAUGAUCUGCCACACUGGUGGAAUUGCUUCAGAGAUUUUCUGGGAAAGGAGGUGUAUAUAAUUAUUUGCUUCUUUGUUUAUAUUAAUGCUUCUCUCAAGUGCACAGUGAAAACCAGAGUGCAUAUGUGACAGCCUUCACAUGUACCAUUAAAACACUCUGUAUUCUCAAUUCACAAUAAACUCACCAUACGAAUAA